AUGAGAAAGUGGCGACAUAAGUCUCCUCCAGAUCUUUGGAUUUUUGGGUCUAGCAAUCAGCUUCACGUCAAUGUGGUUUCUUCACCAAACAGGGGCCACUACGUACAGAAAGUUUGUAUUGCCAACAUAAGGAAGGCUUUUAUCAGGGCAGCCUGUAUUUUGAUCAGGAGUACAGCAAAACAGGAAGCUGCACUUUAA